UCUCUCUGCCAUUUGAUCAGACUGGAGCUUUGAAGAUCACUGAGCUUACAGCCGGGCCUCUCUGGGACACUGCUGGGGUCUAUGGGAUAUUUGGGAUGUGCAUUGGAUCUACAGCUGGAUGGGAAGCCUUCCUUUGUGGAACAAACUUAGCUGGAUACCAGGAUCUGUGCCCGGGAAUGGAGCAGUAGACUGGCAGACAAGUAGUUCUCUAUAGGUAAACACCUGUUAUUAAAACGUGGACAUCACCAUUUGAUGAACCAUGAUGCUGUGUGUGCUUCAUGCUGGCAUGGUGCUGGUAAUGGCAUCAUUGGUCUAUGCAGUUAGUUUCCCUGAAGACAACGAACCCAUCAACAUUGUAGAUUAUCACUAUUCAAGGCAAUAUCCAGUAUUUAGAGGACGCCCUUCAGGCAAUGAAUCACAGCACAGCUUGGACUUUCAACUGAUGUUAAAAAUUCGAGACACACUUUAUGUUGCUGGAAGAGAUCAAGUUUAUACUGUAAAUUUAAAUGAGAUGCACAAGACUGAAGUAACACCGAGCAGAAAGUUGACAUGGAGAUCGGGUCAAGCAGACCGAAAGAAUUGUGCAAUGAAAGGCAAACACAAGGAUGAAUGCCAUAACUACAUCAAGGUUUUUGUUCCUCGAAGUGAUGAGAUGGUCUUUGUUUGUGGCACGAAUGCUUUCAAUCCCAUGUGUAGAUACUACAGGUUAAGCACUUUGGAAUAUGACGGGGAAGAAAUAAGUGGCUUGGCCCGAUGCCCGUUUGACGCCAGACAAACCAAUGUAGCCCUCUUUGCUGAUGGGAAGUUAUACUCUGCCACCAUGGCUGACUUCCAAGCCAGUGAUGCUGUAAUCUAUCGGAGCAUGGGGGAUGGAUUUGCUCUGAGGACAAUUAAAUAUGACUCCAAGUGGCUGAAAGAGCCGCAUUUUCUGCACGCAAUAGAGUACGGCAACUACAUCUACUUCUUUUUCCGAGAGAUUGCUGUGGAGCAUAAUAAUUUAGGCAAGGCUGUACAUUCCCGUGUAGCACGUAUAUGCAAAAAUGACCUAGGAGGGUCGCAAAGGGUCCUUGAAAAACAUUGGACUUCAUUUGUGAAGGCAAGACUCAACUGCUCUGUUCCAGGGGAUUCUUUCUUCUACUUUGAUGUUCUGCAGUCCAUAACAGACAUAAUAGAAAUCAAUGGAGUUCCAACUGUUGUUGGCGUGUUUACUACACAGCUAAAUAGCAUACCAGGUUCAGCGGUUUGCGCUUUUACUAUGGAUGACAUUGAGAAAGUAUUCAGAGGAAGGUUUAAAGAACAAAAGACUCCAGACUCUGUUUGGACAGCUGUUCCUGAAGAUAAAGUACCCAAACCAAGGCCAGGCUGCUGUGCAAGACAUGCUCUCGGUGAAGGCUUCAGGUCCUCUACUGAAUUCCCUGAUGAAACCCUGGCCUUUAUAAAGUCCCACCCUUUAAUGGAUUCUGCAGUCCCUUCUAUUGUUGAAGAGCCUUGGUUCACGAAAACUCGUGUCAGGUAUAGAUUGACCGCUGUAGCAGUGGAUCACCUCGCCGGACCUUACCUUAAUUAUACAGUCAUGUUUGUGGGCUCUGAAGCCGGCAUUGUGCUAAAGAUCUUGGCUAAGACUAAUCCAUUUUCCCUGAAUGACAGUGUAUUACUGGAAGAAAUUGAUGCCUACAACCGUGCAAAGUGUUACGGUGACAGCGACGAAGACCGACGAGUCUUGUCCUUGCAGAUGGACAAAGAUCACCAUGCCUUAUUCGUAGCCUUUUCAAGUUGCAUGAUCAGGCUCCCACUCAGUCGUUGUGAGAGAUACGGCUCGUGCAAAAAGUCUUGUAUUGGUUCGAGAGAUCCUUACUGCGCCUGGCUAAACCACGAAACCUGCGGCAGAGUCAAGCCUGGCAUGUUCUUCGGCUACGAACAAGAUGUGGAACAUGGUAACACGGCACAGCUCGGCGAUUGCCAUGAAAAAAUGUCUACUACAACUACACCAGAUUACAAAAUAUUUGGCGAUCCAACAUCUGACAUUGAAGCUCCUUCCACUUCUGUUACCUCAAUGACAAGUAGUCCAGUCAUUCUUCCUAAAGUGAUUGGUUCCUGGAAACCCAGAAUGACUGGUUCUCGGAACUUUGUGUAUGAAGAUGACCCAAACUCCUCUGAUUACAUUGAUACAUUAACAGGUGUCCCAAAUGGUGUAAGAUGGGAAGUACAGUCAGGAGAAUCUAACCAAAUGGUCCACAUGAAUGUUCUGAUCACUUGUGUCCUUGCCGCAUUUGUCCUUGGAGCGUUCAUUGCAGGAGUGGUUGUCUACUGUUACCGGGAAAUGUUUGCACGGAAAUCCAGGAAGAUGCACAAAGAUGCAGAGUCUGCACAAUCCUGUACAGACUCAAGUGGAAGUUUUGCCAAACUAAAUGGGUUGUUUGACAGCCCCGUCAAAGAGUAUCAGCAAAGCAUUGAUUCACCUAAACAUUACACAAAUAUAUUGACUAGUAGGAAGGAUUUGCCACCCAAUGGCGACACAAAGUCCAUGAUGAUGGACAGUCAAGGACAACCGCCAGAACUAGCUGCACUUCCAACUCCAGAAUCUACUCCUGUGCUUCAGCAAAAGAGCUUACAGCCCAUCAAAAACCAGUGGGAAAAGGCACAAAAUAAUUUAAACAUUUCACGGAAAGAAGCACCUCUGAAAAGUCCACAGUUUUUUCCUUCCAGUCCUCCUCCUCAUUCACCUUUAGCUCACGGACAAAUCCCAAGUGCAGUUGUUCUUCCGAAUGCCACUCAUGAUUACAAUACAUCAUUUUCUAAUUCAAAUGCGCACAAAUCAGAUAAAAAACUCCACAAUAUUGAGCAUUCUUUAGUAAAACAGUCAAGUAAAAGGGAGCGACGCUCUGUGGAUUCAAGAAACACACUGAAUGAUUUCUUAAAACACCUCAAUGAAUCCCAAGGAAAUCCCAAAGCAAUGAUGGCAGAUAUUCAAGUAGCCCAUCAAAAUUCCCAUCAGCCUCCACGACAAACGUUAAUGCUUGAUACAAUGGGAAACAUGUCUGAAAUGCCACCUAAAGUUCCAAAUAGGGAGGCAUCCUUAUAUUCUCCCUCCUCAACUCUUCCAAGGAAUAGCCCAACAAAACGGGUGGAUGUGCCUUCCACCCCCAAUGGGCAAAUUACAUCUCUAGAAUCACAAAGAAGUUAUCAUAAAAACUCUUCACAGAGGCAUUCAAUAUCAGCAAUGCCUAAAACUAUGAACUCACCAAAUGGUGUUUUGAUUUCAAGACAGUCCAGUGUUAAUAGAGGUUAUAUGCCUCCAAGUCCUAACCCAAGGAUGGACUACAUGCAAGGAACACCUGUUAUUGUUCAUCAACAGACUUCCUUGUCGCGGCAGAGCAGUUAUACGGGACAUGGAACUCUCCCUCGUAUGGGAGUAAAGAGGACACCAUCUAUAAAACCUGAUGUGCCACCAAAACCCUCAUUUGCUCAGCAAAACACAUCAAUUAGACAGCAUAACAAAUACAGCUACUGAGAUCUAUCAUCCCAAUAAAAAAGUAUACAGUGAUAAGGCAUGGUGUUAUAAAAGGACCUGUUAGGCAGAGACAUGCUUGCCGAAUCAGUCCCUAAGUGGCCAAAGAAGCUGUCUUUAGUUUGGCAACAUCUAGUUGUUGUGCCAAACAGAGGAACUUCAGAACAAGUUUGGUAGGAACAAAGCAAAGGAAAGUGCUGGUCAUUUUGCUUCUUUUGUUUGGAGAAAUGUGGACAUGUAGCACAGUGGGAGCUACUUCCAUUACUGAUACAGUACCAAGUUUGAAAAAUAUACUUGAACAGAAAAAAAAAAAAAAAAAAAAACGGGAAUUCAUUUUAAACUGCCGCUGUGUGUAGCCAUCCCAUUAAAUGUGAACAUAUUACUAUGUAUGCAUUCACCUUGCCUCUUGCACAAGUGUCACAAAAAGUGUCCCGGUUAGUAACGUUUGCAUUUUAGGCCAUUUAACAUAUCCUUAGUCUUGAGUGGCAUAAAAAUGUAUGUCACAAAUGAUUUAGGUGUGUGUGUGUGUUUUUGUAUGUGUGCAUAAAUGUUCCAUACACACAAACACGUGCACGUUAGGUUUCUCAUUGACAUUUCUAUACUAUGGAACUGUUUACAUUGAGCAUGUCUGAACAAACAGUUAAUUUCCUUCCACAAGUAUUCUGCUGGUUGUGCAACUGAGGGCACCAGUCAUCUCCCCCUCCUUGUCUUCUAGAUUAUUUACUUGGCUGAACAUGGUACCUAAUGCAAGAAUGUAAAGAUUUCUUAGAACUGUUAUGCUGCUAUAUAAACAAUAUUGUAUAAUUCACUGGAUGUCAUGAGGAGAUUCUAUGUUCUUGCUUAUUGGUCCUAAGAAAACUCUUGCCACUGUGAAUUAAAGGCUAUGGACACAUUUGGCAUGAAAAUAUUAUCUUAUUGUUGGUGAAUUCUCUGAGUUUAAAAAAAGAAAGUUGCAUUAAGUUUCAGUCUACAAUCUUUGUUAUAUUUUUUUAGACACCCUGAUAUGCAGUUUGCAACCUGCUCCUAGUUUGUGCUUAGCCGGUUGUUGGUCUGUCUUCCCAGUAAUACAUGCUGAAAGUGAGUUGUGUGCCCAGAGUAUUUCUGCCAUCACUAACUUUCUUGUAUCAAUAGAACUUCAUUUCUGUACCAUUUACACCUUCCUCAGCUCCCCUUCCUUAUGAUGGAUCUCCUCUCCCAUGUCCUGACAGACAUUGAUGCUGAGGAGUGUGCUAUUCUCCCUUCUCUGCAGACUGCUUGGAGGUCUCUCUACACUGAUACACUACCUAUGUGAUUCACCCUAUCUUCCCCUCUACUUUUCUCCUUAUAUAAAGUCUGUAAUUUUACCUCCAUGAAUGUUUUUCUCCUUUUCCACUCUCUGAUAUGCCGUAUACAACCUUCUCUCCCUCCCUGCUGCUAUCUUUAAUGCUGGUCAUACACAUGAGACUUUGAUCUUCCACCAGAUGGUCAGCCGAAAUUGCCAAAAUUGACGAACCAUUAUCUUGAGUAUGGCUACCUAAAUGGGAUACUCCGCCCCUAGACAUCCUCUCCCCUAUCCAAAGGAUAGGGGAUAAGAUGUCUGAUCGUGGGGGUCCCACAAUCAGACAUCUUAUCCCCUAUCCUUUGGACAGAGGAUAAUAUGUCUAGGGGUGAAGUAUCCCUUUAACACCAAGAGAAGGUAGGGGGAGAGCUGAGAGAACUGACGCAGCCAGGAGCAGUGUGCUGGCAAUUUUGUAGGACAGCCAGCUCUGUUAAUACAUUUUGCAUACUACAAAAUGGUAAGAAAAUGUUAUGACCGAUAUUUAGAAAUAUGUACUUAAUGCUGCAUUUAACAAUCAAAGGUACAGUAAAAAAACAAAAGUUUUCAUAGCCUUUAAGAGUGUUUUUUUGUUUUGUUUAGGAAAAAAAGUGUUAAAAAAUAAGAUCACAAUGGCUAGUGUACUAAAAAAAAAGGAUACUUUUUAAAUAAAGCUUGCACUAAACAAAUUGCAGACCUCCUAAGAUGACAGUAUACAAUGGCAUACAUUGCUGUAGGGUAUAAAUGCUAGGGCAUCUUAUUUGUAGUAGAAGUAGUGUGUUACCUUAAGCCGUGAUUACAAAAGCUGGACAUAGAAUGAAGGGCAUUGAGAAGGAUGUAAUAGAAAUUUCAGAAAAAGGUUGGAUCCUAAAUAAAGCCUUUUUCUGUUUUUUUGUGACAUUAUUACAGCGGACUUGUGAAUAAUAUGAAAGCUGUGUUCACACAGAUUCCCUUUUCUUCUGUGGUUGCGUUGGCUAAGACAAGAAUGCAUUUUAUUAACGCAUACACGGGAAUCCAACAAUAAAGCCAACGUGCUUCAUACUGUAUUCUUCAGAAAUAAGCUACUAUUCAUUAUAAGGGGAAAAUGUUUGCAUAUGUAUAUGUUACCAGCCAUCAAGGGGCAGUUCUAAAAUCCAGACACAUCAAACAUGUGGUCUAUACUUUUUUUUAGCAGUGUUUUCUGUCUGUGGCAGAAAUUUCAUUGACCGCUAUAUGUCAAUUCACCCGUUGGGAGACAGCAACCGGUAACAUUAAUAAAUAUCUAUGCAAAACUUUACAUUGUAUAUUCUUGUUGUUUAGCGGAGGGUGUUUGUUCGUUAACUGAGGUAGGGAAAGUAUACCUAAAUAUAAAGUGCCCCCACCCAACCAUAGCCUUAUUUCCCAUGUUUUACUAAUAAAUCCCCGUCAACCUCUUACAUGUAUGUCUGUGAAUGUUGUUUGAAGCCAAUUUCAUUUCAGGUUUAAUAGUCCUUACAAGGGCUUAUUUUUUAUGAUGGUUCUCUUUCUAAAGAUCUAGUUUAUGGAAUGGCAAAUCACUUGGAUAGUGCUGAGCCACUUUGCCAUCAGAUCAUUGCCAUUGUGGCCCAGAUCUGGAACAGACUAAUAUUGUUAUACAGAAUGUUGCCUAACAACCGCCCUGUCAAGCAUGACCCACAAACAUAAUGCCUGACAAGUAUGACCCUAGACAUCACCUCUAUUCCAUCAUAUUAAAGGCUGCUCCUAAGCGGAUUUGGUCAUUUUCACUAAGUCCCCUAGUGAAAAUGCAUGACAUGGCCUCAAAAAUUUUACUUGACACAUUUCAAGUUCUAGGCUUUAAAGGAGUACUCCACUGCCCCAGUGUUCGAAACAUUUUGUUCUGAACGCUGGGUGCAGGCUGUGGGGGUCGUGACAUCAUGACCACACCCCUCGUGAUGUCACACC